UACGCUUGGUACAGACAAUUGUGACUCAGAGAAAGGUGUAUGUACGGACCAGACACCCGGAUACUCCUGUACAUGUGCGUCUGGAUACACGGGCGACGGAUUUACCUGUGUCGAUUAUAACGAAUGCGCCCAGUCAAACAAAGGAGGCUGCUCUCAGCGCUGUAUGAACAGUAUCGGAGCCCAUUCAUGUAGCUGUUUCGAUGGAUACACGUUGGCAAAUGAUGGAACGACAUGUGAAGACAUCAACGAGUGUCAGGCUGCUGGUGGACAUGACUGCUUCAGCGUAGAUUACUGCACAAAUAAUAACGGUAGUUUCGCUUGUAGCUGUCCGACUAACUUCACUCUAAAAGGCGAUGGCAGAACCUGUGAACCUCUGUACCAGUGCAGUGAUAACCACGGGUGUAGUUACCGCUGCGGUAUGAUUAACAGUGUAGAGACGUGUCUUUGUGAGGCCGGGUAUCAGCUGGACGCCGCAACCAACAAGAUAUGUGAAGAUAUCAACGAAUGUUCCAACUCGUCCCUGCACAGCUGUGAGUUAAGUAACAACGUCAGGUGUAAUAAUCUUAAUGGAUCUUUCGAGUGUAUAUGUGUCAACUCAUCAUACAGCCAAGUGGAAAGAGGAAGAUGUGAAGAUGUUGAUGAGUGUUUGGCCCAGACGUUCACAUGUGGCGCCAACAGUAAAUGUGUGAAUGCGGAACCAGAAUACGCCUGCACAUGCCUAGUCGGAUAUGCAGAUAUCGGAGGCACAUGUCAAGACCUGGACGAGUGUCAGCUAGGAACAGACAACUGUAACGGUACCACAGGUGACUGUACUAACAUACCCGGAGGAUUCACGUGCGCCUGUAAAACCGGCUACUCAGGCAAUGGUAUCAUUUGUUCAGAUAUUAACGAGUGUCUGUUGGGUACCGACAGCUGUGAUCCCCGUAGUAGUCGUGGCUCCUGUACUAACACAGUCGGGUCCUAUAACUGUAACUGUACCAGCGGAUACCUGCUGGCUUCAAAUGGUUACACCUGUAUCGACGUGGACGAAUGUACUCUGAACACGGAUAAUUGUGACUUUAAAUGUAAUAACAUAGAUGGGGGUUACUACUGUACGUGUGACACCGGAUACCGACUUGCUUUGGAUCAGUCUUCGUGCAUUGUUGAGAAAGCCUGCACCAACACUACAUUUGCCGGAACCUGUGGCUAUCAGUGUGCCAAAAUAAACGGCACGGACACCUGUACUUGUGCAAUCGGAUAUGAACUGACAUCAGAUGGCAAGACAUGUACAGACGUUGAUGAGUGUGCGACGUUGUCCCCGUGUGACAGUAACAAUGGCGCAUGUAACAACACACAGGGGUCCUACACGUGCAACUGUAUCAACCAAUACACGCUGGGACCAGGAAACACGUGCACAGAUCGCGACGGAAUGUGGACAGAAUGGGGUAAUUGGUCAACAUGUUCUGUGGACUGUGGACCAGGAACUCAGACAAAAACUCGUAACUGUACAAAUCCGACACGUGAAGGAUUUGGUGCGGACUGCGCAGCACCCGGAAGUGAGACAAUGUCAUGUGACACACCCUGUUACCCAAAUGCAGUGGAACAGACCAAUGGUGUAGUGGUGAACUUCAAUGGUGUAACUGUCGCUCAGUUAGGCGCCAUUACGUCUUCUUUCAAGCAGACAAUAGCCGAUACCCUGGGUACAUUCUGCAACUACAACACGUCAAAUGUCCAGCUGUGCUGCAAUACUACAAAGAACUACACACCCAACCCCAGUAGUCCACUGACGUUCACCACUUCUUCGGACAUAGCGUUCGGGGCCGGAUACCCCCGUACUAGUUCUUCAGGUUCAGGAGUAGAUGUCUUACUCGUAGUAAAGUACGUGAUGUCCAGUCCUCUGUGUUCUGCUGCUGCUGCCGCUCCGUCUAGGAGGAAGCGGGCUGUGGGUGUGACCCUGACAGGGUUGGAGGAGGCGCUCACUCAGGAACUGCUGCAAUCAAUUAUCAACAAUCCAGUCCUACAGCAGAAUAUUGCUACUGCCAUAGAGACCCAAGUUAAUGCUGUGCUUGGUCAGACGGUCAACGUCACUGUCGACAGUGUUCAGUUAGUCACAACAACCACAACAACAACUACAACUCAAACUACUCCCACCAGUACUGGACGAGGCACUAAAGUCUGGGUGAUAGUAGUGGCAACAAUCGGGGCUAUUGUUGGAGUCAUCAUAAUUGUCGUCGUCAUCGUCGUCCUCUUGAAAUUGAGUAAGAAGAACAAGGUUCAACCCAAUGACCAAGAACAUCUCGAAAACCAGCAGCAACAGGGACGAAUAUCACAACAGCGGCAGCAACAACAACAACAGCAACAACAGCAGCAGCAACAACAGCAACAACAACAGCAACAACAACAACAGCAGCAGCAGCAGCAGCGCUUGUCCCAGCUGCAGCUCCAUCAGCAUCAGUAGUAUGUCGGUGUUAUGGGCGAUGUGAUAUCUCUAUGUGCUAUCUGUGAUCAAACCUUUUAUAAAUGUUGCAUAUAUUGUAUAUAAACAGACUUUAUACAAUCGUGACGUGUUUCAAAUAUCAAAAUAUCAAUUUCUAAUAUAUAGUAGUAUGGGAUUUCACCAUAUACAGGUGAGUCGUAUCUGGGUUUUGUUUAUUCCAAAUUGUCAUUGAAAACUAAUGAUUUUGUAACCUGAUUUUACAUCACAUUCCACUUAUAAUUGGACAGAACAAAGUCGGAGUCUUUGCAUAUUUCCAAGAUUCUCGAGUACGAAAAUCAAACAAAAUGUUCAAUGGAACAAAGCCUGACAAAAGAGGAAACAGACAGCACCGUCUUGAAAAGUUUGACGCAUGUAAAAAUUAUGUUAUAUUCAACAGGUUAUAUUUUGAAGAUCGAACGUCAAAAAGAAUGGGUACAUAUGUGAUGAAGGAUCAUCAGACAGUGUUUCUAAAUGAAACAUUGGGCUCCAAUAGAGGAGAAGACCUCAUUGAUCAAAACACUUGAUAUAAUUUGACCAUAUUCUUGUAAGCGAAUACAUCCUCUAUUAGCGACACUGAAAGAGUUUACAUAAGAGGUUAAUCAAAAUCAAAAUGGAUUACAUUUUUAAUUGACUGAGAAAUUGUUCAUCCUGGGUACAUGAUCAUAGUGUUUGAAAAGAAACAUCUUAGACCAUGUGACUUAUGUUUUAUUAUGCUAGAAAUAUGUAGUAUAUACGAUGAUA